GAGGCCUUUGUGCUCCAGCAAAGAGACCCGAGGACACCUCAGGGUCUGAGGUCCAUGAGAAGAUCAUGAGGUUUCCUCUUUACUGGGCCGGACACAGGCGUGGCUUGACCGCAUGUCUAGUUUUGAGUAUGCUGGGCCUGGUGACGUUCUUGCUGUCACUCAUCUGGACAGAAAGGAGAGAAGCUGUGGAGCUGCACGUCACCCCUGCACAUAAACAGCUCGUGCAUGAACAUGUGCACAGAGUUCUGGAGGGUCGGUGUCGUCCAGGUGGUACAAGGCAGAACCUGCUGGCUGAACUCCCGGCCUCAAGCCGAACACUGCAACCCUUCCUGUGGAGAGAUGAGCCGCCCUCUGAUGACCUCUUCAUUUACCCGCCGCCGUUUGGCUUCAGAGGGGUCCGAGGCCGAGUGCAGGACCUGCUGCAGCUGCUGCCAGCUCCUGAUUCUAACCCUCUGCCUGAGAGCUCCUCUGGUAAAUGUCGGCGCUGUGUGGUUGUGGGAAACGGCGGCAUCCUCCGAGGCCUGGAGCUCGGCUCUCUGAUUGACCGCUUUGACACCGUCAUCAGGUUGAACAGUGGUCCUCUGGAAGGCUUCAGCGAUGAUGUUGGAAAUCGAACCAGCAUCAGAAUGAGUUACCCAGAGGGCACGCCGCUGCACUGGGUCGACACCGACCCACAGGCUGUGUUUGUAGCCGUGGUGUACAAGAGGUCUGACCUGAGCUGGAUCUCUUCCAUGAUCAGCAGGCUCAGCGUGCCUCUGUGGGAUUGGAUCUUCUUCUGGCAGAAGGUCCCAAAGGAGAUCCCUCUGGAGCCCUCCAGGUUCAGACUCCUGAACCCCCAUAUCAUCAAAGAGACCGCCUUAGACCUCCUGAAAUACCCUCAGCCCAGCCAGCGCCUGUGGGGCUGGGACCAGAACGUUCCGACCCUCGGAGUGUCUGCCCUGAACCUGGCCAGCCUGCUGUGUGACGAGGUCAGCCUGGCCGGCUUCGGCUACAACCUGUCCCAGCAGGGGGGGCCGCUGCACUACUACGACCACCUGCCCAUGAGCCACAUAGAGCAGCAAAAAAUGCACAAUGUCAACCGAGAGACCAAGUUCCUUCAGAGGCUCAUCAAAGAAGGUACCGUCACGGACCUGACGGGAGGGGUCCACUGCUCCUUCUGCCCCAGCUGACACCCCCUCCCUCUGGACUCUGUUACUGCAAAGAUCACAGUGAAGUCAGAAAGUGUUCAAUAAAACAUCAGACAAGCUUAAUUUAAAAAUACAAAUCUGCUUUAUAAUUAGUCUGAAAGUGUUUUAGAGAAGCAGAGGAUUUAAAACAAACGUCUGUCGAGUU